AUGGCAGUUUGGUAUAGCUACAGCGUGGCCCCAUGGAGCUUUGCGUCCCUCACUUCCAGCCACCUCCAUCACCACCACCACCACCACCACCGCCACCCCUCCCUCGAUAAGGUGUCAGACUGUGUUGAAGGUGUUCAAAGAUUGUUCAGCAACUCACUCAUGAUGAGGGAAAAGAGCAACAAGGGGAAAAUGCCCGCUCGGAAAUGCGACAUGUGUAGAGUAAUACAGGGUGCUGUGCUUGGACCUUGGCAUCACGUCGAGAACCACGGGGAAAAAAAAGCAGGAUGUUGGAGGAAGGUGGUGACCUAA